AUGCCUCCGAAACAGCCAAGUGAUGCUUGUAAUUCAACAAAUUCUAGCAUUGCUGCAGAUGAUCAAAAUCAAUCGUUCUAUCAAAAUGCAAUCCAGACGAGCAAUCUGAGUGACAUCUCGGUGGGUGAAUUGCUGGUGAAAUAUCAAGACAAUUCGCAAUUGCUGAAUCACAUACUAGCAGCAAAGGCAGAGGAGGACAAGAGAAGAACGGCGGAGGAAUGGCGCCAAGCAGAAGAGGCUCGUUUGCAAUCCAAAUACAUUGAAUUCGAAUUGAAUCAACGUCAGGAGGGUAGCAAUAGCGACAAUGAUAUCAGUCAAUCAUUAGACAAUUUUCUGAUGCAUCAUCAGCAAAACGAUGCCACCAUGUUUGAUCCAUUAUACUUUGACCAGCAAGCAUCAGAUCAGCCAAUGCAAUUCUCCUCAUCUGGUCUACCGAAUUCCUUGCAGGCAAGGCUGGACGUGCCUCCAUUACCUGGCACAUCUAUAUCUGAGUACGCGUUCAUGCAGCAUCAAUAUCCUCAAGAAGCUGUCAGUGUCGCUUCCUCCUCUCCUUCCAUAGAUCUACUUUCUCCUUCGGCAUUUGACAUGUAUCAACAUCAGCGACCCCAGAGCAUGUCUUGCUCUCCUCCUGACAUGGAUGAUCUACCUCUCUUUCCUUGCUCCAAUACCACAACAACACUGACACCGGCCCCUAUCAUUCCAUCACACACACUUCCUAGUAAUACCAGCAGCCAGAAACUCCACCGCUCGACAAAAUCACCCAGUCAAAGCCCUGUGCCCGCAACUACUCCUGCAGUCUCCUCUUCCUCUUUAUCUCCUCCUCCUCCUCCCUCUCAUUCACAGCAAAAUAGAUCCAAAUCCGGAAGAUCAGCUAAUAUGCACAGAACUCUCUCUUAUGAAAGCGUCAUGAGCCUUGAUGAUUUGAAUAUGAACAAGAAAUCUGGCUCCUCUCCUUCAGCACCACCCGCGCCUCCACCACAGCCAUUAGACCAUGACAAGGUGAUGGAAGCACUUAGAGCUAAAUUGCGCCGAUCCUCAUCUCCAUAUCAGACUACGAGACGAAAGCCAUCUCCAGAACCUACACCACCACCAAACACAUAUCCAACUACUGGUGUGCUAUUACUCAAUCUAAAGAGCCGUCGUCGUACAUCAUCAGUGACAAAACGCGGUAGUGGGAGUGGGAGUGGGAGUGGUAGCGGAAGCGGUAGUAAGUCGUAA